AUGGAGUCUCCCAAAAGUUCGUUCAACUUGCGAGCCGUUGGAUAUCAGUCAGACCCGCCUUAUGCGAUGCUUUCCGACCUUUGCUGGAAUUUCGACUGUCCCAAUCCCGGUUUCGAGGUAAGCUUUCACGAUGACACUAGCACAUUUUUUGAGAUUGAAUUCCUCAAAAUGACCCUUGAAAUCAUGAAUUCCUCGGCGACUAUAGUUCAAAUCGACGCAGACAUGGACACUUCAAUUGAAAUGGUAUUUCUUUUCAUCUCUUGUGAUACUUUCAACGUCAAUUUAGUUGUCAAAAAUUAAAUGAAAACAAUUUUCCCCAACUGGAAAGGGCGAGAUGGGUUGAUUGGCAAUGGUGAGCGUCGUGUGUGCGACGCGGCUCUUGGCGGGGAGCUCGAAGUCAAAAACGAGCCUUUUUCUCGUUUCUUGACAGUUUUCAAUAAUUUUUAAUUUUUUUAUAGGUUCGAAAAAGAUCAAUUCGAACAAAAAAAUCUAUUAAAAUAUUAAAAAAACUUAAUUUUUUUAAAAUUAUUGCGUUUGACCUAGAACUCCCCGCCAAAAAGCCGCGUCGCAUACGCAUCGCUUCCCCCUUACUAAUCUACCCAUAUCGCCUUUCAAGUCUUUGGAUCUCUCUUUGGCAAAAUCAUUGAAAAUUGUCUCAUCAGAAAUAAUUCGAAUCUUCUUUUUGAAAAUUUUAUUGAUAAAUGCAGAUUGCCAAUGGUUCAGCAGACAUAACGUUGAUCUCAGCUCGUCAGACUUUGGAUCGCAUGGAUAAGGAACUUGUCAAGAGCAAAAAAAUCAAUUUCAAUCUCUUUCUUUUCAGGUCCACUUCACCACUCCGGUUGGAUUUGUUUACUACGGCUAUUUGAUAAAACAAGUACCCGAACUGCAAAUCAACAACUACAUUCUAGACGCUUUCAACUGGGGAGUCAGUCUGUUGAGCCGAGUCUCAAUCCAAAAAGGUUCACAGGCACUUCUCCUUCUCAUCAUUUCGGGAGUUACAAUUGGCGCCUUGAUAUACUUCUACUCGUUCUUCUUGUUUGGCAGAUCUACUUAUUCCUUAGUGAACUGGAUGAUGAUCGCUUGUCGAGGUUGUGGAACCUCCUUCACAACUUCAACUUUUCCCUUUCAGGCAUUUUGAGACAGUUCUUUUUCUACAUCAACAAACCUAUUUGUGCUUUAGUUCUUAUUUGCACUUGGCUAUUCGCUUGCCUCAUUAUAAUAACUUAUUAUGAAGCAAAACUAAAGAGUUUUCUGAUGCUUUCCCAUCAGCAAGGGACGAUUUUUCACAGUUUCGACAAGGUCCUCGAUGCAGUCGAGUUUGAUGUGCUACUGAUGGAUUUCAUUGAGAAAACGUGAAUCUUCUCAGGGCUGGACCAUGGUUUAUCAGGAACGGGGAUACUCUCCACAAUUAUUUUGUCGAGAGCAGCAAUGCGAACGGCUGAAUCGUCUGAGCAGCAGGUUUUUAGCAACCCAAAUGGACUUGCAUUGAUCAAACUCGUUCCACAGUAGGAUGAUCACUAUUUCGGAAGAUGACGACUGGUCCAACUAUAUAAAACUCGAAAAACACGUCGGCUUCGUGGCUUUUGCCCUCGAUGUUGCCCCGUUUGAUAUGGUUACCGUGGACAUUAAGGAAAAAGUCGGUUGUCUUGGAUUUUUUAUAGAAUUGAUUGGACGCUUUCUUUUUCAGUUGAUAUUCGUUCGCGAUCGCGUCUUAGCGCCUGACUUUUUAGCGUUUGCGGUAUCAAAGUAAUUAACUUAUUAGCCGAUUUCUCAGUCUGUAUUUCCAGAAAAGUAAGAGGAUUACGAGAAAAUUUUAACCGGGCUGUCGCUUUAUCAAAUGAUGGGUAUUUUGAUUGUAACCACUCCUGAUUCGAAAACUCGUUUUCAGGUAUGAUUCGGUUCAAGGAAGGUACACCGUACCAUAUCCUCAGUACGCUCCGGUGCUAGAGCAGAAGGUUUUCCGACAUUUUUGUAAAAUCAGAAAAAGAUUAUUCAUGCCUUUUACAGGCGAUGGUACUUCAGACGUCUCAUUUUCUCAACCUUUACAAAGUUUCUGGAUUAUGUUUCGGAGUAAGCUUUCUGGUCUUCUUUGGAGGUCUGAGACACUCCAUAUAUCUGAGUAAUUCGAACUUUGCAGAGAUUGCCUUCUGUCAGAUUUUAGCGAAUUGGAAAGUGUUAGGGCACAGCGACAGCUACUCUCUGAAAGGCUUCGAUUGGCGAUUUCGAAGACCUCCCUGGCAGUUUAAAGCCGAUUAUUUUCCACGCAAAGGCAUGGUUAUACUUCCACCGAAAAGAAAAUACGACAGCAAUAACUUGUUCAAAUUUUCAAGCACCUGA